UUUGAUAUUUUCUCCACAUUAUGUCGAUCUUUACUUAUUAUUAUUAUUAUUCUGUGUCUACAUGUCUACUACUGCUAACUAUCCUAUUGUUUGGCACUGAAAGAGCACAGUUGUCAUCGGCAUCGCAAUCGCUGAGAGGUGAUGUAAUCAAAUGUCAGAACGAAGGCGAAAGGGUACGGGUGUCGCUGUUAUCGGACGACCCGUGUAUUACAUGCAAAUGUUUCAACCGGGAGGUGGUCUGUCAGCGUGAGGUGUGCACCAACUAUAAGGGUUGUUAUCUACUGUAUUACGGCAAGAAUAGGACCUGUUGUGAUGUCUGUAAAGGCUGUCAAUACGAUGGCCAGUAUUACAAAAGUGGCGACAAAUUUGUCGACAGCGCCGACAAAUGCCGGACAGUUGUCUGCAAUUCCGGUGUUAUUACCAAAUAUACCAACUAUUGUCACAUUCCGUGUGAUAAUCCCAUCAAAAUCGAUGGCCAAUGUUGUCCGUCGUGCGCCAAAUGCGAGACCAAUGGCAACAACGGCAGACAAACUAUUGCCAGCAUCUAUAACGCCACCAUAACUGAUCCCUGUGUCAAGUGUGACUGUGUCGGCGGUAAUAUGAUCUGUACGAAACCGGCCUGUCCAGUGUUGCCCUGUCCACAAUCCAAAUGGUUUAUACCGCCCAACGAGUGCUGUCCCAUAUGUAAGGGUCACCGAAAAGUUCACGAUUUUGAGGGCAACUGUAUUAUGGGAUUAAAGACAUACAGAAAUGGACAGACCUAUGACUAUGACCAGUGCUCUACCUGUGUCUGCAAUUCAACAACAAAUAUCUGUGAACGACAAGUAUGUCCAACAUUGGACUGUCCGCCUAUGUAUCAGAUCACAGAGUUAGGCGAGUGUUGUCCAAAAUGUCACGAACCACAGGAAGUUCAAACUACUUGUUCAUAUCGGGGAAAGGAGUAUAAGACGGGCGAAAAAUGGAUGUUAAACAAGUGCUCGGAGUGUUCGUGCGUUAACGGAGAGGUCAGAUGUAAGGCCAAGACCUGCGACAAAGAUCUGGUUUGUCCCAAACGAUACAAACUGAUCCGUCUAAGUGGUGACUGUUGCCGAUCGUGUGUUGAGGAGGAUGCCGUCUGCAAGAUAACCAACAAUCUGACACACUAUCAGACAUUUGAUGGCCGAGAGUAUAACUACAGCGGUAAAUGCAAUUACAUAUUGGCCAGGGAUUGCACUAAUAAGGCCUUUUCCGUACAUAUUGUCAACAAAUAUCAUAAUAAAACAAAUAAUACGGAAUUCAAGAAUAAUAGUUCGUUUUUUACCGGAUCGACAAUUAUGGUUAAAAUAGACGAUAUUAAAGUACGUUUGGGACAGUCGGCCAAAGUGACAGUUGGCCGUAAAAGAGUACGUUUGCCACACAUUAGAUUAGGCAUACUAUCGGUGGUUCAAGAGCUCAAUAAAGUGAUCAUCAGAGCUAAUAUUGGUAUUAAAGUGAUUUGGGAAUCGGGAAACUCGGUUGAAAUACUGGUUCCGCCGGAGUUUAAAUCAAAAACGUGUGGCCUCUGCGGCAACUAUAACAACGACCCGAAUGACGACUUUCUUACUAAAAGAGGCAAAAUCUAUACAGAAGUCAAUCAGUUUAUCCAUUCGUGGAAAGUCGGAAAAAAUGUCAUUUGCGAGUCAGCAGUCAUGGAGUCGAUGACAAAAUCGAUGAAAAGUCGACUGAAAUGCGGAUUCAAAGACUGGGAACAAAGACAUAAUGCCAUCAAUACGUGUAAUAUWCUUAAGUCAGCCCUAUUCAGACAGUGUCACACUUCUGUCAGUAUAACACCAUAUUUCGGGAAGUGCUUAUCGGAUGUCUGUUCGUGUCAUAAGAAUAAUGUCUGUCAUUGCACUGCAAUCCAGUCGUAUGCAAAUCAAUGCCAAAAGUUAGGCUUUUAUAGYCAACACUGGAAGAAAAAAAUCUUAUGCGACGCAAUGAAAUGUCCGUCGGGAUCGACAUUCUCGACGUGUACCUCACAGUGCAAGAGGACGUGUCAAAACAGUCCCAAUAAUAAUAAUAAUAAUACUAUUAUUGAUAAUAAUAAUAAUACUCAUGAGAGGUCCAAUUGUCGAAAACGAAAGUGUCGACCUGGAUGCGAGUGUCCAAUUGGCCAGGUAUGGCAUAAUGGACAGUGCAUCUAUAAACAACUGUGUCCGCGAGUUGUAAAUAAUAAUAAUAAUAAUACUUAUAAUAACAAUAAUAAUGUUACCAUCACUGGUGAGGAUGCGGCACAAGAGUCCAGCGGAUCUAUCAUUAAUGAUAAUAUACUGGUGAAAGACGAACAAAUUGUUGACAACUAA